AUGGCGAAGAAGCUGGAUGAGGCCUUGGAGAAGGUGCCGUACUUCAGACUCUUCGGCGCGGACGUCUCAGAACGCUUUCUGAAGCUCUUCAUCCGCGGGGACGAGUCUUCCCCGAUUCUCCUUGGUGAGCUCGGUGGCUCCGUGCUUCCGGACUUCACUGAGCUGGAGCUCAGCAGCGUCACCCGGGAGGUGGAGGGCCACCGCAUCCGCGGAACCAUGGAGACAGUGCCCUGCUUGGACCUGACCCUGCGCAAGGCUUCCAAGUCUCAAGGUCCUUGGGAGCAGCUGCUGCACUCGGAUGAGGAGGUGCUGAACAAGCCCCAGGGCACCCUGGAGGAGUUCCAGGUCCAGCAAAGAAAGCGUGAGGAAUCCCCCGACCGAUCCGACUGGACGCCGGACGACUUCGCCGACGAGCAGAAGGAGAAGGCGGACGCGGCGUUUAAGGAGGGUGCCUUCCGUGAUGCCAUUGUGUACUACACUCGCGCCCUGCGACAUACCCCGCGAAAUGAGAGGCUCCUCUCCAACCGCAGUGCUGCCUACUGCAAGAUCUCCAAGUUCCAGCUGGCGCUGGACGACGUGAACCUGGCCAUGCAGAUCGAGCCAAGCUGGGCGAAGCUCUUUUUCCGCAAGGGCCACGCCCUGCGGGGCUUGCGAAAGUGGCAGGAGGCGGCGGGGGCCUUCGAGGAAGGCCGCGAACAUGACCCGUCGAACCCCGACUGGGACAAGGAGAUCCAGCGCACCUGGGCGGCCCGCGAUGCCUUCCUCGCACGGAAGAAGUGA